CAACUGAAAAAAGCUGACAUACUUUUCGAUACGCACUAUACAUGAUAAUCCUUGAAGAUGGAGCUACAUCCAUAUCCAUUUACACCAUUGCACCACAAAAAUAUCAUUCUUUUUUCUUUUUCCUUUUUUUUAUAUUAGCAACCACUAAUAACUCACCCAAUAAACCCAUCAUAAUCUCUCUCUCACCAGGAAGCACAGAGAGAAACUAACUGCGACCAAAAAUGGCCAUGGCCGUGGCGCUUCGCAAUCUCUCUAACUCUAUUAACAAACCUAUUCGUAACUCUGCCUUCAAUGCUGCUCCUCUCUACUUUAUGUCAUCCGAAGCAGUUGUUGAAAAAGAGAAGCAAGUUUCUGCUACGUGGACGAAGCAAUUGAAUGCUUCACUCGAGGAGGUUGAUCCUGAAAUUGCUGACAUUAUCGAGCAUGAAAAGGCUAGACAAUGGAAGGGCCUUGAACUUAUUCCAUCCGAGAACUUUACCUCACUCUCUGUGAUGCAAGCUGUUGGUUCUGUCAUGACCAACAAGUAUAGUGAAGGGUACCCUGGAGCCAGAUACUAUGGUGGCAAUGAGUACAUUGAUAUGGCUGAAACCUUGUGUCAAAAGCGUGCCUUGGAAGCAUUUCGACUGGACCCUGAAAAAUGGGGAGUGAAUGUCCAGCCUCUUUCUGGAUCUCCAGCUAACUUCCAUGUUUAUACUGCUCUUUUGAAGCCUCAUGAAAGAAUCAUGGCUCUUGAUCUUCCUCAUGGUGGACAUCUUUCACAUGGAUACCAGACAGACACCAAGAAGAUAUCUGCUGUUUCCAUAUUUUUUGAGACAAUGCCAUACAGAUUAAAUGAAAGCACCGGGCUUAUUGAUUAUGAUCAGCUGGAGAAAAGUGCGUUAUUAUUCAGACCUAAACUGAUUGUUGCUGGAGCAAGUGCCUACGCACGACUCUAUGAUUAUGAGCGUAUUCGAAAGGUUUGCGAUAAGCAGAAAGCAAUCUUGUUGGCAGAUAUGGCGCAUAUUAGUGGGUUGGUUGCAGCUGGCGUGGUACCCUCACCAUUUGAUUACGCUGAUGUUGUGACCACAACAACCCACAAAUCCCUUCGUGGACCUCGUGGAGCAAUGAUUUUCUUCAGGAAGGGUGUGAAGGAGAUCACCAAACAAGGGAAGGAGGUAUUGUAUGACUAUGAGGACAAGAUAAAUCAGGCUGUAUUUCCUGGUCUCCAAGGUGGUCCUCACAAUCACACAAUAACUGCCUUAGCAGUUGCUCUGAAGCAGGCUAUGACUCCUGAAUACAGAGCAUACCAAGAACAAGUCCUCAGCAACUCUUCAAAGUUUGCACAAGCUUUGGCUGGGAUGGGCUACGAACUUGUAUCUGGUGGAACAGACAAUCAUUUAGUUUUAGUGAACUUGAAGAACAAGGGAAUUGAUGGCUCCAGAGUGGAGAAGGUUCUUGAAGUUGUACACAUUGCUGCCAACAAAAAUACUGUGCCUGGGGAUGUGUCUGCUAUGGUUCCUGGUGGCAUUAGAAUGGGAACACCUGCCCUAACAUCUCGGGGUUUUAUCGAAGAAGAUUUUGUUAAAGUGGCCGAGUAUUUUGAUGCUGCUGUUAAGCUGGCUCUAAAAAUCAAGUCUGACACAAAAGGAACAAAGUUGAAGGAUUUCGUUGCCACCUUGCAGUCUGGUGUUUUUGAUUCAGACAUUGCAAAGCUACGACACGAGGUUGAGGAGUAUGCAAAACAAUUCCCCACAAUUGGAUUUGAGAAGGGAACCAUGAAGUACAAGAGCUAAGCAAGUUUUUACGACUUGCAAGGUAACCUUGAACUCCAGACAGUCUGCAGGGACAAUCAUUACCUGAAAAAAUACUUCUAUAAUCUUGUAUGUGAAAGAGUUAUUGUAAUACAUGCUCACUGAAUAGCAGUGUCUGUGCUGUAUAAUGUAUAUGUAAUUCCUUCUGUACUUCGGCUGUAAAACUACACAUACAUGAUGGAGCAUCAGUGUUAAAAAUAAUAAUCUGAAAAAUCUAUACCCACGUA